UUCAACGAACCAUCAACCGUCAAAGUUGGCUCUUCGUCGUUGCCGGCCCCAAACUAGACUUUUCAAAGAAAAUAGAGUAGAAACAGAUACGAACGCGGAUUGACGAAUUCGUCACGGCGGUUUCUGGUGAGAGCAUUCAUUGACGAAACUCCUCUUUAACGCCAGCAGCAUCAUGUGCAGACCACCUAACAUCUCAUUUUUUAAUCCUCUCUAGACCUUGCCCGGUCCAUUUCCUCGUCUGAUCUUCACCCCUGCAUCGUCCUUCUUUGAUCGUCGGAGUCGGUAUCUGUAGCUGCAGAUCGAAGCAAUGUACUCCUCGAACGCGUCCGACGGCUACCCACAAAAGCCCGGCUCCUCCGCUCCGCCGAUGCCGCCGGUAGAUGGCAUUCCGGUGCAGCCCAUGAACCAGAGUUAUGCGAACUACGGGGCCCCGGACAAUCCUCUGCCCACCGCAGGUCUCCAUGCUCGACCCAUCAACAACGUGCCUUGGUCCUUCAGGCUUUUCAGUUGCUUUGACGACGUUCCGACUUGUUGCUUGUCAUUUUGGUGCCCCUGCAUCACAUUCGGGCGAAUCGCGGAGAUUGCUGAUCACGGAUCGGUUUCUUGCCCUGUGCACGGAGCCAUUUACACUCUGAUCUCCUUGUUCACCGGUUGCGCCUGCUGCUUCUCCUGCCUCUACCGCACCAAGAUCAGACAGCAAUACCAGCUGCAAGAGGAUCCUUGCGCCGAUUGCUUGGUUCAUUUCUGCUGUGAAUCCUGUGCUUUAACCCAGGAGUACCGCGAGCUCGAAAGGCGCGGAUUUGACAUGUCCGUCGGGUGGCAUGAGAACAUGCAAAGGCAGGACAGAGGAAUCCCCAUGGCUCCAGUUCCUCCUGGAGGCAUGAUGAGGUAGAAAUUCAAGAUCAUCUCAACUUGGCUUGGAAGCCCCAGAAAUUUGAACUUUAUUAUGUUGGAGAGUCUACAUUAGCAAAAGCCCUUGAAGGAUCACUGCCCCUCUGUCCUGAGUGCCUUCUUUUUUCCCUUUGAUUUCGUCUUCAUUUGACAGUAUUAUUAAUAUGGAGUAUCCAUCGCUAUUGUACAAAUUACAAUGCAUACUACCAGUACAUCAAUAUACUUGAAGCUUGCUAGACAA